AUGAGGAGAACUGGUUUCAAGUCCUAUGAGAUAUUGGAUCUGAACGAACGCUCCGUCACUAUCUUCCACAAAACUGGAGGGCAGCAAGUUUUGAAAGAGGUAGCAAAGAUACAGAGAGCUUUCGUUGCAUGUGCUCUAGAGGGAGUGUAG